AUGACUUCAGUGAAUUAUUGUAUCGUGCAAUUGCGUGGAACGGAUGUAUGGCUGGGCACAAUAGAAAAGGAGACCCAGUGUGGAAAGUUCAGUAAACUUAAGGAGAACACCAACCUUAAAGAAGUGGUACAAAGUGAAACGAAAACGUUAGUGUCUUUAGUACGAUGCUACAUACAAAACGAACGGAGACCGAUUGGAUCAGGUGACAAAGGGGACUUUGUGGGAUACAUCAUAGUAGACGAGAACAGUGUAGUGAAGGAAAUAAAAGAUAAAAACAUUGCAUGCAACGUGAACCUGUUGCAAAUGGAAGAAGAAGCAAUUAAAAAAUGGAACUGUUUAAGAUGCCACACGGAAAGACAUAUGAUAAAAGAAAAUUUGAUGUGGAAAAAAAGUUGUGCAAUAUGCCUGAAAACAAUCUCGACAUAUGAAGCAGCUAAUUCAAAGUGGCUAAAUGAGCAAGAGGACGAAGAUGGAAAGCAGGUCUUCUUAAUUAGAGCGGCUCAUCUGAGAUGUGUGGCGGUGAAAUGGAGAAUACCAGCAAUGAGAGAAGAUACAUGCUUGAAUUGUGGAUGGUGGCAAGGGCCGGGCUUAGACGGAAAUUAG